UCCUCAAAAUGGAACCUACUGCUCCGAUCGACCCAGCAGCAUACUUCGACAGCUAUGAAGAUCUUAAGGUGCACGAAAUCAUGCUUACCGAUCAACCGAGACAGGCUGCCUACCACAAAGCGAUCCUCGAAAACCGGGCCCUGUUUGCGGGCAAAACCGUACUCGACGUUGGUGCCGGUACGGGCAUUUUGUCGAUAUUCUGUGCCCAGGCAGGUGCGAGCAAAGUGUACGCUGUGGAAGCAUCCAACCUGGCCCGGCUAGCCCGCACAGUGGUGGAGGAAAACAAAAUGCAAGCUGUGAUAGAAGUAAGCGAGUGUAAGGUGGAAGAUUUUCAGCUUCCCAACGGCGAGCGGGUCGAUAUCAUCGUAUCCGAAUGGAUGGGUUUCUUCCUGCUGCACGAGGGUAUGCUCGAUUCGGUAGUGUACGCGCGUGAUAAGUUUCUCAAACCGAACGGACUGAUGUUUCCCGAUACGGCCACACUGUUCGUUGCACCCUGCCGGGUUCCAUCACGGUUUGAUCAAUGGGACAACGUGUCCGGUGUUAGUAUGCAUUGCUUUGGCCGUGCUUUACGAGAGCAAAAUUCGGGCAAUCCGGAAGUGUUAUCCGUUGCGGCUGAGCAUCUACUUCACGAGGGACACAUUAUGGCUUGGUUCGAUCUGAUGGAAGUGACGUCCGAAGAGUUAAACAGCAUUGAGGUGAAGGAUGUGCUUGUUGCACAGCGGUCGGGUAAGCUGCAAGGAUUUUGCAUCUGGUUCGAUUGUACCUUUCCGGGAGACGAAACGGAACAGCAGCAACUUUCCACGAACCCAUCGGCACCGCCAACACACUGGAAGCAGAUCGUUAUCCCACUGCCGGAAGAUUCCUGUGAAGAAUUGGAGGAGCGUGACCCGGUAGCAUUCAGUCUAUCGAUGACACGUAACAAGGAAACAACGCGAAGGUAUGACCUUCAGCUAACGUUGCUUGAUCCGGAAAAGGAGGAACAUCAUUUGCCGUGCGAAUGUCAUAUGACCAAAUGUAUUUUAAUGAAGACCCACCUCGAGAAGAUGCAAGUCGAUUAACAAACU